AUGCCUUAUCCCCUAGCACCUUCGACCCCCGAGUCCAUUGACCAGGUCGCCGCCCAGAAAGACCGACUGGACCCUGUGAGCCCGCUCUUCAUCAACUCCCUCUCUACACACCCGCGCGACAUUCCCUCCGAGACGAGCCUGAGAAGGGCGGCCUCGCUUUCUCCCCUGCCAUCGGCAUCUCCAGAGGUGAUCCCUCACGAAGCUUCGUUCCACCAGAACUUUGCACCGGAAGUUCGUCCAGGGAGCAGCCGAGGCGGGCACACUCUUCAGUCGAGGAACGGCCGCGAGAGCGAAUCUGGAGGCAGCAUGGGCGAGCUCAUGCCGAGCAGCGUCGUACCUUCCAACAUGGCGGACUUCUUCAGCUCAGACGUCUUCAACAUCGUGCUGCGUAACCCGACAACGGCGCAUCGGUUCUUGAAAUAUUGUCAGAGCCGGGCUGCUGGGGAGAGCAUGGAGUUCCUGCAGAAGGUCGACAGGUACUACCGUCUCCUUGACGAAAUCACACAAACGCUUGGUCAAAUCCACACCACCUACACAUCACCAGACGCGCCUCGCCCGAUCAACAUCUCACAUCACCAUAUCAAAGAGCUCUCCGGCGAAAUCAGACAAGCCACCCAAUCUACCAUCCCAGCUCUGGAAUCCGUCUUCACAGGGGCGCAGAAACACGUCGAGAAGCUCCUGGCAUCGGAUGUGUACCCCAGAUUCGUCAAACACCAAGUCACGGCGCAAGCCAUCCAGGCCUUGGCCACGCAGCGAGACCGGUUCGCCGGACUGGGAGACUGCUUCUGUCUCACGGAUCCCAAGACUGCCGACAACCCGAUCCGGUUCGCCUCGGACGGCUUCGUGGCCGUGACGGGGUACUCGCGCCGCGACAUCGUCCCUCGGAACUGUCGCUUCCUCCAGGGCGACCGGACCGACCGCGUCGCCGUGCGCCGCCUGCGGGCCUCGAUCGACGCAUGCGAGGAGACGGUCGAGCUGCUGCUCAACUACCGCAAGAACGGGGACCCGUUCUGGAACCUCCUGUACGUGGCGCCGCUACUCGACGAGAGCGGGGAGGUGUGUUUCUUCCUCGGCGGCCAGAUCAACUGCAGCACGACGAUCCACUCCUGCAACGACGUCUUGAAGGUGCUGAGUACGAACGACGAGGACCUGGAUGCGGCCGACGCAGCGGCCAACACGUCGCGAGACCGGGCCCCCAGCGUCAGCAGCAAGACGCGGGGGACCGGCCACCACGCCCCGAAGCCCAAGAGCUCCUUCUUCAAGAGCUGGAGGAAAUACACCGCCGCCCGUCUCCCGGUGGCGAGCAGCCUCCGCGUGAGGGACGAGGCGGGCAUCGAAGGGGAGCUGACCGACCGGCUGGGCAAGCUGAGUUUCAAGACCCAGGUCGAGGCCUUCUACACGGCGUAUUCCAAGUACCUAGUCAUGGCCUGGAACGCCGCCACCAGCUCGCUCAACGUGCAGUACUACUCCCCCGGCGUCAUCGACAUGCUCUGCCUCAACCUCCCCAACGGCAGCAUCGCGCACAUCCACCAGCGCGACAUCUUCAAGGUGCUCGGCGACUUCUCCUCCUCGGCCUCGUCCUCCGCCCACAAGAACCUGAAGCAGACGGUCCGCACCGCGCUCAAGGACGGCCGGGCCGUCAGCGUCGAGAUGAACCUCCUGACGGGCUUCGCCGAGACCCGGUCCAAGGGCUGGUUCGGCAGCAGCGGCGAGAUGGGCUUGAAGAGGGUCGAGGAGCGCUACGUCACCCACUGGACGCCGCUGAAGGACGAGGACGCCAAGGUCAAGUGGGUCGUUCUGCUCAUCGCGCCCAAGUUUUAG